GAAAGUGCGACUGAGGAUAUGCAACUGUCGUAAUCAGCUUCCAAGAUGGCGGCUCCCGGAAAGCAAUAUGGACUUAUUAUGCCUAAGAAAUUACUGCAGAGAAAUGUGUUUGCACCUAAACAUUCAGCAUUUGCAGAUGAUUCUGAUGAUGAGACAUCGGUGGGAGAGAGUCUACAGAAGGAAUCGAUGAAGAAACGAUUCAUGAAACAGACCAAGCUGGAGAUUCAAAAAGCCCUGGCAGAGGAUUCCUCAGUGUACGAAUAUGACAAUGUAUACGAUGAUAUGCAGAAAAAGAAGGAGGAAAACAAUGCCAAGGUGUUGGCUGGCAAGGACCGAAAGCCCAAAUACAUCCAAAACAUUCUGAAAGCAGCAGAGGUUCGGAAGAAAGAGCAGGAAAAAAGAAUGGAAAAGCAGAUCCAGAAAGAGCGAGAGAUGGAAGGGGAGGAAUUUAAGGACAAGGAGGCUUUUGUUACAUCUGCCUACAAAAAGAAGUUGCAGGAGAAAGCAGAAGAGGAAGAGAGAGAAAAGAGAGAAGCUGCAUUGGAAGCAUCCUUGGAUGUAACCAAGCAAAAUGAUCUCAGUGGCUUCUACAGGCACCUUUUAAAUCAAACUGUUGGGGAAGAGGAGACCCCUGAAUGCAGUUUACGUGAUACUGGGGCAAAAAAGAGUUCAGAUGAGCCAAACCAAAAAAUCAGCAGUAUUGAAAAAAUGCAGGAACCAAUUAGCAUAAAAGAGGAAAAUAUAGAUGCAGAUAGUGACUUGGGAAGUGAUUCUAGUGAGGAGGAAGAUAAAAAAGAUGACACAUCUGAGCAGAGAAGGAAUUCAUCACAUGGAGUUAAAAAAGAGGAGAGUUCAAAGGCCUACAGGAAAUCCAGACACUCAAGCUCAUCUAGCGAGGAAGGAAGUAGGCACUUGGAAGAAAAGAUUAGACAAAAGCCAGCAAGUGACAUGGCCCCGAUGGAAAAGUCCAAAUAUAAAAAAGAACGUGAAUAUGAUAACAGAGAGCGAAGAACAGAGCAUGAUGAAAAGCAAAGAUAUGGAGAACACAGCAACAAGGAUAGACAUAGGAGAGAAGAGCAAGAUACUAGGUCAAGGGAUAAAGAAAGAAGAGAAUAUGACAGAGAAAAUAAAGAUCAGAAGAGGGAGAAAGAGAGGGAAUAUUUAGAGAAAGACAGGCAAAGAAAUGAGAAGAAAGAACAUUACAGUGAAAAAGAACGGGAGCGAAGCAAGAAACACAAAGAAAUGGAGGAUGACAGGCGAAGAGAUCGAACAGAUAAGGAGAAGCACAGGGAGAAAGAUAGAGGAGAUAGAUUAGAUAAACCUAACACAGAGAAAAGGCCAGCAAGCCCACCGCUGUCAGACACAGGUUCUAAAGAACAGCAGAAAAAAUUGGUGGAAAUCAAGACUGAAGUUGUGGAUGAUAAAAAAAUUGAAGAAACACAAAAAGAGACAUCAACUUUGAGCACUAAUAAGUUUGCCAAGCGUAGCGAUGAAGAGACUGUAGGGUCAGCAAGAGACAGAUACCUUGCUAGGCAGAUGGCACGAGCUGGCACUAAGUCUUAUGUGGAGAAGGAGGAGGACUAGGUUGUCAUCUUAUAAAUAAGUGGCAUAAUGUGGAGAUACUUAUAUUUUGGUCAUACUGUUAAAAAUGGUGGAAUUGUUUGCUGAAAUUAAAUCACAGAUGUUGAUAA